AACAACCGUUUGCUCUACUUGGUGACCAAGUCCAUUGGCAAGUCGUGCGUCGCUACUAUCACUAACGGAGCACGUUACCAAGGCUUGCUUGUAUCUGCUGACUUGUCUCCUACUGGCUCGUCGGCCUUAUCUGUAGUCUUGAUGAAUCCCGUCAAUGUAGGCAAGAGCUUGAUUGCCGAGAAGAGCAACAUCGAUUCCAACGGCGAUCACCUCGACAAAUUGAUUAUCCAGUCGAAGGACCUUAUUGAUUUGGAAGUGAUCGAUGUAGACUUGGCCGAUGUAGCUUCAAACGAAGAGUCCAAGUUCAAAACUGAUACUGACAUUUCUGGCCGUACGCAAUUCAAAGAAAGAGAGUUGCAGAGAUGGGUUCCAGAUGAAGAUAUCGAUCAUCCAGCAUUGAACUUUAAUUCCAAUGAUACGUUUGGCGAAUCGAGCACUGGCCAGUGGGAUCAAUUUAAAGUUAACGAAGAGAAAUUUGGGGUAGAGGCCUCGUACGAUGAACAUUUGUAUACGACCAGAAUCAACACUUCUGCUCCAGAUUACCAUGAAAGAGUGGCCAAGGCAGAAAAGUUGGCUCGCGAAAUCGAACUGCUGGCUACAACUGAUCGUCAUAUUUUAGAAGAAAGAGGGCUCCAAGUUGAUGACAGUGGAAUUGAUGAAGAAGACAAGUAUUCUGGUGUAGACAGACGGGGUGAUGAGUUGAUGGCUGCAUUGAGAAACGCAUCGAUAUCCAACGACACACAAAAACCCGAAACUAAAGUCCCAGAGGAUGUUGCUGGAGUGUCUGUUGCAAAGGCUGCAAAGAAUACUGUUCCUGUUAAGCCAGAUUCGAUUCCAGCCAAACCUCAAGUUUCUCAGCAGCCACACAACGAGUCGUUUAGAUUGAAUGCGCAAAGCGAAAUCAACUCGUUGCGCGAAUUUUCAGCAAAUUUCAAGAUUCCCCACAAGAUGCCUUCAGACUUGUUGCCAAUCUUGACUAAAGAUAAGUUGAAGCAGGACGAGAUCUUGAAGAAGCAAGAGCAAAAGAAAUUGCAAAACGAAAUUGAAGCGACUUCAGCAUCUCAAUCUCAAUCUAAUUCUGAAGCUCAAUCUCAGUCUCAAUCACCCUCAAAAGCUAAAAUAGAUGUAGCCAAGCCUACAUUCAAGUUGAAUCCUAAGGCUGCUGCUUUUACGCCAGCUAGUAAACAUACUCAAAUCUCGCCUACGCCACCUAAGGCCAGCUACCAUAGAUCUCCCAACAAUCCUUCACCCCGUAUGAACCACCAGAGACCAUUCAGCAACGGCAGCGUUAGUUCUGGCAGUUCUGUCAAGAGGCACCACCAGAUUUCGCCAGCAGACUUCUUUGGAGGAGCCGACAGAAUUCCUACCAAAGAGAGUCAGAUUAAGAAGGUGGAAAGCUUCCAGUUUGCAUUCAACUUAUUUGUCACUACCAGGAAGAGACACGCUGAGAAGAACGAAAAGAGUGAAAAGAAGUCUGAUACUGUAGUUUACGACAAAACUUUCCAGACUCCACCUACUUGGGAUUCGACGUUUGACGAUACUCAUGACAAGUUGUUCCCUGCUCUCAGCUACGUCAAUGCCCCAGCUAUACCGAAUGCAUAUGGCGGAGCUCCAGCUGGAUCUAAAUAUCCUGUUUCACCUCAUCAACAGCAGGCUGCUGCUGCUGCUAUGGCAGCUCAUUUCCAGCAACAACAGUUCCAUGCUGCAAUGAUGUACCAACAGCAGUUUCCCGUUGGAAUACCUCCUGGACAGCCCCCAAUGCAUAUGUAUCCCGGCGGUGAACCUCCGUUCAUGCCUCCAGGCGGAUUUAUGCCUCCACCAGGAGGUUUUGUCGCUGGUGGUAGUCCUGUUAAUGGAAAUAUGAUGUUGAACCCCUAUAAUGCAGGAGGUCAUAAUUAUAAUAGUCAUCAU